AUGUGCGAAGUUGGGACUCGCCCCGCGCCCGCCGGGGACAGAGGCGAGAACCCCGGGGGCGCGCCGGGGCUGCAGGCUGCGGGCGCCGCCGGGGACAAGUGCCGAGACAUGGGAGAACAGCCCAUCUUCACCACCAGAGCACAUGUCUUCCAAAUUGACCCCAGCACCAAGAAGAACUGGGUUCCUGCAAGCAAGCAGGCUGUAACUGUUUCCUACUUCUAUGACAGCACAAGAAACAGCUAUCGGAUUAUCAGUGUGGAUGGAGCCAAGGUGAUUAUAAACAGCACAAUCACACCUAAUAUGACCUUUACGAAAACAUCGCAGAAGUUUGGUCAGUGGGCAGACAGCAGAGCAAACACUGUGUUUGGUUUGGGGUUUUCCUCCGAACAGCAGCUAACAAAGUUUGCAGAGAAAUUCCAGGAAGUAAAAGAAGCUGCCAAACUAGCAAGAGACAGAUCUCAAGAGAAAAUUGAGACCUCAAGCAAUCAUUCCCAAGAAUCUGGACGUGAAACACCAUCUUCUACUCGGGCAUCCAGCAUAAAUGGAACAGAUGACGAGAAGGCAUCUCAUGGUGGCUCUGCUGAUGCACAUCUGAAAAGUGAGAAUGACAAACUGAAAAUUGCUCUAGCCCAAAGUUCUUCCAAUGUAAAGAAAUGGGAAACAGAGCUGCAGACUCUGAGGGAGAGCAAUGCCAGGCUGACCUCUGCACUCCAAGAAUCUGCUGCCAGUGUAGAGCACUGGAAAAAACAGUUUUCAGAAUGCAAGGAAGAGAAUGAUCAACUCAGGAACAAGAUUGAAGAGCUAGAAGAACAAUGCAAUGAAAUAAAUAAAGAGAAGGAAAGAAAUGCACAGCUGAACAGGCGCCUCCAGGAACUGGAAUCAGAACUUCAAGACAAAGAACUAGAAUUGGAGGAUCUUCGAAAGCAGGGUGAAAUUAUACCCCAGCUAAUGACAGAAUGUGAAUCUGUAUCUCAGAAAUUACAGGUUGCUGAGAAAAAGAACAGAGACCUGGAGGAGAAAGUCAGAACACUAAGGACAGAUGUUGAAGAGAGCAAACAGAGACAGAACAGCCUUAAAACUGAAUUAAAGAAUUUUUUAGACAUACUAGAUGGGAAGAUAGAUGAACUACAUGACUUCCGACAAGGACUGUCUAAACUGGGAGUUGACAACUAG